UCUCGCGCUGAGUUUGAAUGCCGCGGCUGGGCCAGGGGACGGUUGGAGAACGUCGAAGCGGAGCGGGGAAGGAGGGACGCUCGGAAUUGCACAUUUACCCAGGGUAGAAGUGCACCUUUUAUAUCCUCCUGUGAAAGUGAUGAUGAAACAUGUGAAAUUCCUUUUGACAAUGCAGCUACUAUCUAUAGCAGUAUUCCAAGUGAAAGCCAUAAAAGAUAUUGAAGACUAUUAUGAGAAGACAAAGAGGGCUGUUGAUGAAAGAAUUCCUGCUGGUGGUUAUCACGAGAAGGCAAAGAGGAAUUUAGAUGGCAUUGAGGACUAUAAUGAGGAUGAGGAUGAUGAUGAUGAUGAUGACGAAGAUUCCGAUAUUGAUUAUGAGGAGACAAAAACUAAAUCUAAGCAACGUGUGCACAGAACCAGAAAAGCAUUAGAUGAAGAAAGGGAGAAAAGGGAGUAUGAAUAUUAUUCUCGUGGAAAAUUUGCCAGGGAUAUUGAUGACUAUGUGCGUUAGUUACAGCAUGAGUGGUCAUUGAUUUGUCAGAUGUUAAAAAAUGUACGUGCCCAUACAGUGUCUACCUAAAAUAAGUAAUAACAGGGAAUAAAGAUUUCUACAUGUGCCCAUUUGAUUUUCUUAGUUAUGCAAUUUAAUUGUCUAAGCUUAGUGGUUGCUGUUGAUGGUGAAUUUGAUCACUUUUAUUGGAUAACACAUUUGGAUUUGAGUGUACUCUUGAAAGGCACUUGUAUUUCAGAUUGUGUGCCUUGAGAGGCUUAACGGACCUUAAUCUGCAUCUACAGGCAAAAAUCUCUUGUUCAUGUUAUAGAAAUCUGUGAUGCAUUUUUCUUUUGGAAGAUUUGGUACUUUGAAAAUCGAUUAAGGUUUCUACUCAAAACCAGAAAAUGGA